AUCCCCUUUGCCUCAAAGCAAACUGCCGUGGAGAAUCAAUCAUCCAAUCCAUCCAUCCAUCCAUCAAUAAAAUUCAAAAAAGCUUUUCUUUCACCUUUCUUCAUCAUUCAUUUCUGCUCUUGAAACCCUAUCAUAUCUCUGAAAUCACGGAACACGCUCUCCUCGAUUCUCCUACUUCUUCUCCAUCGCCAUUAUUGCGAAUGUCGGCAAGCUUGUCGGGUUAGAAUCAGAAUAACCGGGAUUCAGGGCUCUGAGCCAGCAGCCGAUGGAGCCUCGCGUCGGAAACAGGUUCCGUGUCGGCAAGAAGAUCGGCAGCGGAUCGUUUGGAGAGAUCUAUCUCGGGACGGAUGUCAAGACCAAUGAAGAAGUGGCAAUCAAGCUUGAAAGCGUGAAGACUAAGCCUCCCCAGUUGUUGUUGGAAUCAAAGUUGUACAGACUCCUACAGGGUGGAGAUGGGAUUCCUAAAGUGAGAUGGUACGGUGUUGAGGGCGAUUACAAUGUGUUGGUGAUGGAUUUGCUUGGACGUAGCUUGGAAGAUCUGUUUAAUUACUGUAGCAGGAAACUCUCGUUGAAGUCAGUUUUGAUGCUUGCUGAGCAAAUGAUCAACCGUGUUGAAUAUCUCCAUUCGAAGUCAUUUCUGCAUCGAGACAUCAAACCGGAUAACUUUUUGAUUGGCUUGGGAAGACGUGCAAAUCAGGUCUACAUUAUUGACUUUGGCCUGGCUAAGAAGUAUAGAGAUAGUGCCACCAAUCAGCACAUCCCGUACAGGGAGAAUAAAAGUUUGACUGGAACUGCCAGAUAUGCCAGCAUGAACACUCACCUUGGGAUUGAGCAAAGCCGGAGAGAUGAUCUAGAAUCUCUUGGUUUUGUCCUCAUGUAUUUUCUGAGGGGAAGUCUUCCUUGGCAGGGGCUAAAAGCGGGUAACAAGAAGCAAAGGUAUGAGAGGAUUUGUGAGAAGAAGGUUUCAACUACAAUUGAGUCAUUGUGCCGUGGCUAUCCUUCCGAAUUCGCAUCUUACUUCCAUUACUGCCGGUCGCUGCGUUUUGACGAUAAGCCGGAUUACGCUUAUUUGAAGGGAUUGUUUCGUGACCUCUUCAUACAUGAAGGUUUCCAGUGUGAUUUUGUUUUUGAUUGGACCAUUUUGAAGUAUCAGCAAUCCCAGCUGGCCACUCCUCCUUCUCGUCCAUUGGGUUCUGCUGUUGGGACUAGUUCUAGAGUGCCUCCUUUAUCAGGCAAUGCUGACAAGGCUCCAGGCGGUCACGAAAGGCAACCAACAAGUUUAUCUAGGGAUUAUUCUCAGCAGAGACUAUCCCGUGCAACUGUAAAUUCUGGAAGUUUCCUUAAGCAGAGGAGUCCUGCAACAAAUGAUUCUGCAAUUACUAAGGAUGCUAUGAUAUCGAGGUCUGCAAUUUUCGGGAGGUCCACUGGGUCUUCAAGGCCGCUAGCUUACUCAGGGACUGAGUCCGAUUCAUUCCAAGGCCGCUCCACUGGAGCAAGUCCUGCACCACAGGAGAGGCUAUCAAGUGGGCAAAGAGUUAGCUCACAGCUUGGAUAUGCUGAUCCCCGAAGGAUUCCCAGGAGAAGUAUCACGCACACUCGCGAUUAUGAAUCUGCCCUCAAAGGCAUUGAGAAGCUGCGGUUUGAUAGUAAUGGGAGAGCUUAACUUUAACCUAGGGCCUCCAGUCUGCUCUACAUCAUUGGACUAAGCUCAUAUAAUGGGGAUAUUGGGAGUUGGUAGCGCAAAAGAAGUGAGCAGGGUCAGAAGUUGGUUUCCAAUUCAGGCUCUGAAUGCUCAAAGGCUGGUUGCGCUAGAAGAUGUUGCUUCUGGAAGGAUUGAUCUAACAAGCUGUUCUUGAACAAAACUCGAAAGAUGUUCACUCAACUAGUGUUGCAUUUAUGGCCCUAUCGAGCAUUGGCCCCCUGCUUUCUCUCUUUCCCUUGCAGGCAAAGCUCUAUUCAUUUCGAGAUUUAGUUUGUCGACCCUUGUAAGAUCAGUCAUUGUAUUUAUUCUUUUUCCAUUUCCCCUUUCAUAAUUAUGUCAUAAUGAUUGGUGCAUCGGACUAUGGAUGCCUCUGAGAGUGAUUCGCUAUGUGCUGUAAACUUUCCAAGAUGCGCUAUGUGUUGCCAAAAGAAUUGAACACAGGUGCUCGUCCAGUACUUCAUUGACUUGCAUUUUGAUUUUUAA